GAUACAAACACCUAAUAAGGUUAAAAUUGUUUAUAAUUUUAAAUAUUUAUUCUUUUAAAAUAAAAGUAUUUGACAAUGAAUCGUGAGCUACAUAGAUAUUUAUUUUGGUUUGCUCAUGAGCAUAUUGAUUUCCGAUUAGCGGAAAUCGAGUCAAUUUUAAGUUUAUUUAAAAUAUCGCCGUCCAAAUUGAAAACAAUACAAAGGCCUGUAGAACAUCCAUACUGGAUUGUAGAAUGCCAUUCAGAAUCGAUUGUUCAAAAAAUUGCCAGUCGAUGUGUGUCAAUGAAAUUUUGCAUGGAACUUUGGGCUGAGGCAAAAAAUUUUGGAGAAUUUCAUCGUGCUUUGAAACAGUAUCCAAGAGAAAGAUCUAAUGUUUAUGGGAGUAAAGACCAGUCAUUUAAAAUUAUUGUUGAAACUUUUUGCAAACACAUUACUCAGACAGAAAAAGUCAAUAAAAUAGAGUCUCUGAGUUAUUUACCACUUGAAGGACCAGUAAAUUUAAAAACUCCUGAUAAUAUUUUUUAUUAUAUCGAAUAUUAUGGCAUUGAACCGAAUAAUUCUCCAGAAAAGCCAGAAGGAUUAUUUUUCGGUAGAUGGAUUUGCAAUGGACAACGAGAUUUAAUUCAAAAAUUAUCUCUGAAAACACGUAAAUUUAUUGGCACAACUUCCAUGGAUCCUCAAUUGUCAUUGCUGAUGGCUAAUCAAGCUAAAGUUACAAAUGGAGACAUCAUUUUUGAUCCUUUUGUCGGUACAGGAUCGUUAUUAGUCGCUGCUGCUCAAUUCGGUGGUUAUAUUUUAGGAGCUGACAUUGAUUUUAUGAUGCUGCAUGCUCGAACAAGACCGACACGAAUAACACAAAAGACGAGAAGUCGAGACGAAAGUGUAGCAGCUAAUAUGGAACAAUAUGGAAAGAGUUCUUAUUAUUUAGACGUCGUAGUUUCUGAUUUUUCUAAAACAAUAUGGAAACCAGAAAUGCGUGUAAAUGCAAUAAUUACAGACCCUCCAUAUGGAAUUAGGGAAGCUACAGAACGUGUAGGAAGCAUCAAAUCUAAUCCAACAAUUGACGAACAUCAUGCUGAUACUCACAUUCCAUCUAAAAUAUUCUAUAACUCAUCCCACAUGUUUAGAGAUUUAUUGAACUUUGCUGCUCAACAUUUAGAAUUAAAUGGACGACUUGUUUGUUGGUUUCCUGUUUAUCGAGAACAUUAUUCACAUAACCAAUUACCAACACAUCCUUGCCUGAAAUUAAUAGCAAAUUCAGAACAAAUAUUAAGUAUUUAUGCCAGCCGUAGGCUACUAACGUAUUCAAAAUUGCGAGAACCUCAGGAAAAUGAUACUGUGAAUACAUUGAAUAUGCUCGACUUUCGAGAAAUGUACUUUGCAUUACGAGAUGAGACUCGAAGAGAACGAAGAAUGAAACAAGCAGAGGAACGUGCAAGGAAUAAAGCAGAAUGGGAAAAUAGAAGUAGAGAAAGCACAGAGAGGUGAUUAAUUCAUAGAAUAAUGUAACAAUCAUUUAAUUGCAUUUUAUUUUAUAACGUCUGAUAAUAAAUUAAAUUAUAAAUUUUUUUAAAUUAUAAUCAUCAGAACUAUUGGAAUAUAUUUUUCCUAAUUCAAUU